AUGGCGACUACGGAUUCAGGCGAUGCUGCGAACGGCCUCGUCAUUGGGCACGCCAAUGGACAUACCAAUGGCCACAGCAAUGGCCAGGCGACGCCCCAAGGCCUGAGCAUCAUCAUUGUCGGUGCUGGCAUCGGCGGCCUGAUGGCGGCAAUCUGCCUGCGGCAGGAGGGCCACCGGGUGACGCUGCUGGAGCAGUCGCGGUUUGCCAACGAGGUCGGAGCAGCAGUGCACAUGGCGCCCAACGCAAACGGACUGCUGCGUCGCGUCGGUAUCUUUGUCGAGAAGUUUGGGGCCAACAAGAUGGAGAGAAUGACCGAAUAUGACGAGAAGAGCACGUCGAAGCGCGAGAUUGAGCUGGGCGAGGCGAACAAGCUCUGGCAGCACCCCUGGCACCUGGUGCACCGCAUCCAUCUGCACGAGGAACUCAAGCGGCGGGCCACAUCGCCGGACGAGGCUGGCACGCCCACACCGGUGCUGCGGACACGCAGUCGCGUGGCCGACGUCGAUACGGCAGCAGGUGUCGUCGUGCUCGAGAGCGGCGAGCGGCUGGAAGCAGAUGUGAUUUCUGUCACCAGAGCCAAGAUCCCCGGCGGAGACAUCAAGACGAAACCAUCGGGCAAGAGCGCCUUCCGCUUCCUCGUCUCGCGCGAGGCUGCCCAGGCCAAUGCGAAGACGGCCAAGUUUGCGAGCAAGAACGGCGAGCUGAUCAUGUGGUUCGGCGCCGACCGUCGCGUCAUCAUGUAUCCGUGCGACGACAACCGACAGCUCAACUUUGUGUGCGUGCAUCCACGCGAGGAGACCCAGGUGGACAACGUGGCCGACUGGAACACGGGCGGAAACAAGGCCAAGCUGCAGGAGGUCUACCGGGGCUUCGACUCUGACCUGCUGGCACUGCUAGACCUGGCUGAGGCCGGCUCGCUCAAGGUGUGGGAGCUCCUGGACAUGGACGUCCUUCCGUCCUGGACAAACGGACGGCUGGCCCUUCUGGGCGAUGCCGCCCACCCAUUUCUGCCACACCAGGGCCAGGGAGCCGGCUGUGCCAUCGAGGACGCCACCGCUCUGGCGGCCGUUCUGCACAAGGGCGUCCAGGCUGCAGACGUGGCCGAGCGGCUGCAGCUCUACCAGGAUAUCCGCUAUGUGCGCGCGAACAAGAUCCAAGAGUUUUCACGCAAAGCCGGCCGCGAUCUGGAUGAUCGAGCCGGGCUGGACAUGAUGGAGUACACAAACUACAACUUUGGACACGACGAGUGGGACAACGCAGUGGACGUGGUGCGCAAGUGGGAGUGGAAGCGCAAGCCGCAUCUCUACUGGCGCAUGCCGGUCUCAUUUGGACCGUUUCCGGGCCCACGGCAGACAUUCGAGGGCCUGCCGCGGACGGCGACGCAGUCGACCUUUGUCACGGCAUCGGUCAAGUUCAAGACGUCACGCACGAUGCUGCAGAACCUCUUCCCGUCCGUCUCGUUCCGUUUCAAGAGCCCAGGCACCGUGGCCCAUGCGAGCUUCUCACAGACAACCCUAAACGGCAUGGAGUGGCUCGGCGGCGGCGGCUACCGCCACCUGGGCCUGUACAUUCACGGCGUCGAGUACGUGACUAAGAGCGGUGCCGUGCUGGACGGCACUUUCCUGCCGCUCCUGUUCGAGAACUUGACGGACCCGAUUGUGAGCGGCCGCGAGGAGCUCGGCAUGCCCAAGCUGUACUGUUCCAUCGACGUCUGGCGUCGCGCAGCCAGCUACCGCAUCCAGGCCGGCUGGGAGGGUGCUUCCUUUGGCUCCAUCGUUCUCAAAGACCUCGUCGAGGCUGAUCCGGCUUCCACCAAGGGCACCAUUGGCGGCGAGGAUGACCAGGGCCUCUUUGCGUACAAAUACAUCCCGCGGGUCGGUGAGCGUGGCUGCGCCGACGUCGAGCACGCCACCUUUGUACCCCAUGCUGAGGAGGCCCGCGUUGUGUCUAGCCGCGUCGUGCGCAUGUUCGAGACUUCCAAGGCCAGCGUGUCCUUUGAAGCACUCGACUGGGAGAGCCUGCCGACGCUGCACCACGUCGUCUCCCGUCUGGCCGAAAUCCCCAUCUACGAGGUCAUUGGGGCCAAGGUGGUCGAGGGCCUCGGGCCAAUCCCACCCAAGGAUAUCCGCCCCAUCCGGCGGUUUAUCACAACACACGCGGCCGACGGGACGACGGGCUUCUCUGACGCCGUGCCCGAGGAGGCGCCGUUCAAGACGCUGCUCGACGGCGUGCAGUUUGCGCUCUGCUAUGCGUCCAACACGUUCCCGGCCCAGCUGAGCGACGAUGCCGACCUGGACGUGUACAAGAACUACAUGACCAAUCUGCCCGGCAUCAACAUCGACACCGGCUCCGUGCUGCGCGUUGUCGACAUGCAGCCGGGCAUGCUGGCACCCAUGCACCGCACUGUCAGCCUCGACUACGGCGUCGUGCUUGAGGGCGAGGUCGAGCUGAUGCUGGACUCGGGUGCGAAGCGACUGAUGCGACGCGGCGACAUAUCCAUCCAGCGCGGGACUAACCACACGUGGCGCAACACGAGCGAGACGAGCUGGGCCCGCAUGCUGUACGUGCUGUUGCCAGCACAGCCGCUGCUGUUCAACGGUCGGGCCCUGGAGGACAACACGGAGGAAACCAUUCCGGGACACAAGUGA